UAAACAUGUUCUAGUAAAAAAAUCGAUAAAAAUAUAGAAAAAGUAAAGAAUAACUUGAGAGGUCUCUAUUAUUGAUCGAACAUCCCAAAAUGACGGAAGAAAAAGAAAUCACAUCUGAAAGCAACGGACAAGAAAACAAAGAAAGUAAUGUUGAUGAAGAAACAGAUCUAGACAGCGCAAUUAUACGCCAAGUGGAAUAUUACUUCGGAGACGUGAACUUGCCAAGAGACAAAUUCCUCCGGGAGCAAGUAAAGCUCGAUGAUGGCUGGGUCCCGCUGGAGAUUUUAAUCAAGUUUAACCGUCUCGCCAAGCUCACCACCGACACUGAAGUGAUUGCAGCCUCUUUACUGAAAUCCACAUCUGGACUUCUUGAAGUUUCAGAUGACAAUAAAAAGAUUCGUAGGAGCCCUGAAAUGCCGUUGCCAGAGAUGAAUGAGGAGAGACGCAAGGAGCUUCUCGCUCGGACUAUCUACGCCAAAGGGUUCCCCAAGGAUAUCUCAUUGGAUGAGCUGAUGAAAUUCUUUAAGCAAUACGAUGAAGUGGAGAAUAUCGUUAUGAGGAAAUACCAGGACAGGCAAACAAAGAAGCGAAUAUUUAAAGGAUCUGUAUUUGCAACAUUCAAAACUAAGGAACAGGCCACAAAAUUCAUGGAGGCAAAAGAUGUGAAAUAUAAUGACACAGAUCUCAUCAUCCUCUGGCAAGAGAACUACCUCCAACAGAAGCAAGAAGAAUAUGCUACCAGGAAGGAAAAAAAGGAAAAGAAAAAUAAAGAUAAAGAUGCAAAUGAGGAGAAAGAUGACUUCAAACUCCCCACAGGCACAGUUCUACAUUUCACCCAGUCUAAUGAAAAGAUGAAGAGAGAAGACUUGAAGGAAUCCUUAGAUACUUUAGGGGAAGAGAUAGCGUUUAUAGACUUCAAGGUUGGCGAUCCAGAAGGUUGGAUAAGAUUUGCAAAGGAGAACAGUGCAAAGCAAGUGGCAGAGAAAAUUCCCGAAGGCAAAUUACGGAUCUGUGACACAGAUGUUGUGUUCAAACUUCUAGAAGGCGAAGAAGAAAAGAAUUAUCUGGAAAAGACUGUCGAGGAAAUGGCUAAAAGGCGCAAGAAUCAGAAGAAUUUCAAACAGAACAGAGGAAAGAACUUCAAAGGGCGACAGGGGCGGAAAAGGAAGCAAGACGAUAAUGGGGACGCGACGCCUGCGAAGGUCAAAGCUAGUUAGUACAUAGUAUAUGAAUUAUAUUCUAAGUAUCAUCCAGAAGUAUUAAAUACUUUAAAUG